AUGAACACAACGAGUGGUUAUGCACAGGACGAAUCUAACGGGAGUCUUGCUGAUGAUUGGGAAAAUUACAAAGGUUAUACGAGAUUCUAUUACAUAGCUGAUGAAGUUUUUCUCUAUGCUAAUCCAGUACUUAUACUUAUUGGUAUUCCAACACAUGCAUUGUCUAUGAUAAUCUUUCUUCGGAAACGAAUGUGCCGUUAUCCAGUGUCGGUCUUCAUGGCGAUGUUGUCAUUAGCAAAUAUUCUCAUUCUCGCUGGUCCGGUUACUAUGCAAUGGCUCAAUCACAAAGUACUCAUUGGUUUCGUCGUGACUGGUUCACGUUUUUUAUGUGCCUUCCAUGUUUAUAUUGACUUAGUCGGUUCGUCGAUGAACUCUUGGUUGACAUUGAUGAUUGCGGUAGAACGUUAUCUUUCGGUGACGAAGCCAUUUCUCAUUCGAACAAGUUUCAAUCGUCGGCAAGCAUGGAUUAUUGUUUUCAGUCUAUUUUUCGUUGCACUCAUAGCUCCACUUGGGAUCGCCAUUGUCGCAUCGAAAGUUGACGAGUGUCUCCUGUUCUUCUCCCGAACAUAUCAAAUCAUUGGUUCCAUACAGAUCUUCUUUAUCUAUGUCUUACCAUCGAUAUUCAUUCUAACCUUAAGUAUAAUAACAGUAUAUAAACUACGCAAUCGAAUACGUUCAAGCGGUCCGCGACGUGUCCACAUAAGUGUUAUGUUAAUUGCAGUCUCAUUUUCUUUUAUAACAUUCACAAUGCCGUAUCAAAUCUUGUGGUAUUGGCUUUUUUCAACGGCUAUUAGUGGCGUAGAAUUAAAUCUCAAAUUUAAUAUUAUUAAUAUUGGAAUACGCUAUUUAGCAUUAACGAUACGCAAUUUGAACUAUACACUAAAUUUCUUUCUUUAUUCAUUGACCUCCAUUGUGUUUCUGAAAGAAGCAUUUGCCAUCGCGCGCUGUAAUUAUUUUCUGAAUCAACGAUUUAUUCAAGGUAAUCCCGUAUUUAGCGGCUUACGACGGUUUUUCACUCUGCCUGAUGAACAGCGUGAACACCAACAAACGCAUGGCCUUAUCAAUCAAGGAAAUCCUGAGAAUGAAUUGAAUCCAAAUUAUCAAACAUUUUCCAAGCAAAUCAAAGCGCAGCGAGCUCCCAUCGAAAAUAGCAAUACAUCGCAUCCGAUGAACGGACAUUGCAAUUCGUAUACAACUAAAGGAGAUGUAGCAAUCAAUUUAAAGCAACUAAAUAUCAAACCGAAACAAAAACGAAUCAAAUGGAAUCUGAAACCUAUGAAGCAAGCCUUGUCAUCGCAUCAUUUACAUAUUCCAUACGACGAUGAUGAACUUCAUACUCAAGUCUCGUCGAAUGGAACGUCAACAACGAAUCUUAAUGAAUCUAAUCAAAGAAAUCAAGAGUAA